AUGAACAUAGCCGAUCUCAUUCCAAUCGAUCUUUCGAACGAUCGCGAAUAUCCGGCCGUGUGCAGUUCGCCGCUGAUCAUCGGUAACGAUGUAAGUCACCGGCCGAUAGAUGUUUCGUCCUCGGUUAGUUAUAUCCACGUCCCAACGCCAACGUUCGCCACGUUUGCUCCGGUGCCCGCUACACUGCCGGCGAUCUUCACCUCGCCAUCGUUCGAACGUCGCUAUCCGACGAGACGCACUACGAACCUUGGUGCCUCGUCCACCGCACACUAUUCCGUACCGAUUGCGGCCUCACCAACGCCACCACUAGCACCACUUCCACCGCCAUCAUUGCCAAGCUCCGGACACAAUGGGGACCCGUCCGGAACCACCAUUCCGGUCAGUGUGCUCAAACUGACGCCACCGCGAUCAUCUCCGCCUGCCACGUUGCUUCAGGCGAACGAUGCGAACCGUUCGCCAACGCCGGUGUUUGCGAUGGAUUUUACCCGCAUCAGUACUGGCCAGGGUGAAGAAGGUGAUCGUUUGGUGAAGAAUGUUGUGCUCUCGUUUGCCAACACAUCGAAAGAGUCCGACCACCCGUCGAUCGAGGGUGCGUUUUCCGGUGGUCAAAGUUUAGCUACCACAGCAACCACGUCGUCCAACUCUUCUAGCUCGUCUGCCGCCGAUGUACUGAACCAAUGCGAUGUUAGUCUCUGGAGAAAGCGUGCUCUGGAGAUCGAAAAAGAUUACAAAAAAUCAGCAUGCGAUCGCGAACGGACCAGGAUGCGUGAUAUGAACCGUGCCUUCGAUAUGCUACGCUCGAAGCUACCCAACAAGAAACCGUCCGGUAAAAAGUACUCCAAGAUCGAGUGUUUAAGGGUAGCAAUACAGUACAUACGGCAUCUCCAGCGUGAACUUGAAUAUCCCAUCACACCGUCGCCCGAACCGCACGAGUACAUGUACGAAAUGGUGACGCCGUUCAAUCAUAUCGCUGCACCGUCCGGCACGUACGUUGGGCUGGACACAAACAACAACAGUAUGCCGAUUGUUUCGGCACACUCCUUCACGGUGGUUCCUCCACCGAGACCGCCGGCACCGCAACCCAUCUUGGCACCGGCUUUGACAGCACCGCAGGCACCAGUUCCACCGACCGUGGCCCACAACCACCAGUGGUACAUAGCGAACAGUGCCGAUGGGUACAGUUACUACUAUCUACCUUAA